AUGCGUUUCAAUAUUCUUUCUCUCGGUUUAGUCGCUACCGUCUUUAUGUCGGCUUCUGUUCGUGCAAUCCCUGUUGGUGAAAACCUUGAUGAUGUUGCUGGUGGCGUUGGAAACGGCGGUGUUGGUGACACUGCUAAAGGCGUAACCGAUGCUGUAGCUAACGGUAAUCUUGGUAAUAGUCUUACUGAUGGCCACAUCACUGGUGACCUUGUUGAUUGUGCUCUUGGUAAUGGCUUGGAAGGCGCCAUUGGCUGCGUAACAGCUAGUUCUGAUCCCGCAGCGACCGCUCUCAAGAAGAGGUCCCUCAACCUUUCCCCCAGACGAUUGUUCCAACGUCGUGCAGAAGCCGUAACUACUGAUGAUAUUGCCAAUCCAGAUAUUAAUGCUAAUAAUGCAUCUGAUACCAAUGCUGCUGCUGGUGGAGAAGAUGAGGAAGAGCUUGAUGAAGAAGAGCCGGAAGAAGAGGAGGAGGAAGAGGACGAGCUGACUAGUCGUGGUCCUGAUGGUGAUGCUGCUGAAAGCAAUGAGAACCUUGUUCGCCGUAAAGCUAACGAAGACGAAGAAGAUGAAGAUGAAGACGAAGAUGAUGAGAAUGAUAAGGGAAAGCGCAAGCGUUCCAUCACUGGUGAGCCUGAUGAAGAAGAGCCCGAAGAAGAAGAGCCUGAGGAAAAUGAGAUUGAGCCUGAGGAAAACGAGAUUGAGCCUGAGGAGAACGAAGUUGAACCCGACGAAGAGGAAGCUGAUGAGCUUGGAGAUGCUGAGCCUGCUGGUCGUCGCUAA